AUGUCAAGAACAUUGCUCGACUAUUGUCCAUCCACAUGUUUGGUGUGUGGAAGCGAGGCUCAUGGCCAGCACUUUGGAGUCGAGACUUGUCGAGCGUGUGCCGCGUUUUUUAGGUAAAAAGUGUACAAAGUUCACAAUAUCUAUUGGACUUUUACUUUUUUAGACGGUCAGCAGCUCACCGAGAAGACGAAUAUGUCUGUAAAAGAGCGAGAAGCCCGUGUGAGUUUAAAAACACAUUCUGUAAAUAUUGUCGACUUCAAAAGUGCCAACAAGUUGGAAUGAGCCGCUGCUUCAAAAGUGAGUUUUUGUGCUUGCCGGUGAAUAUCUGUAAUUUCAGAAGUGACGCCCCCAAAAACCGUCUUUGAAUUGAGUGACCUGGCUGAAAGAGUGACGUCACAAGAUCGUCUACUCUAUUGUGUUUGGCAUCCGAUCACCAAGCAACCAACGAAAUGGAUCAACGUCGAACCGAUCAUAAAACGAAGUCGACACGUUUUGGAUACGGUAUUCAACAAUUUAAAGUCCUUUUACGUUAUAGUAACCACCACUUUUUCAGUACGAACUGCCCCGAGAUCCACAAUAUCAGCUGCUAAACUCACUCGAGAAAAUGAGUUUUUCGCUGGACCGAUUGAGAAGUUCACAAUCUCAGAACCCGAAACUUGAGACCGCCAUGAACUUUGACGUCUAUUUUCUGACGUGGGAGGCAAAUAUGGUGAGAGCCGCCGAAUGGCUCAUGCACUCCCACGAGUUCCGGCAACUUCCAGCACACGAAAAAGUAGCGUUAACCUACUCUGAACGGUCAAAAACAAGACAAUUUUCAGCUGGCCUUUUUCAAAAUAACGUGGGCCGUGUGGAGGCGUUUCGAACGGAUGAGCAUGUCCGCCGACGUGCUUGGCAAGAGAAGUGUCGAGCGGAAAAUGUACUUGCUUGAUGAUAAACGGGCGGCCGAGUGGACAGAGGUUCGACUCGACGCGUCCGAUUAUUGGAAGAAGGGCGCCGAGAAGUACAGACAGUGAGUUGGCUCUGAAGAACUAGGCGACGGCACAGAAAAUGUAGGCCAUACCCUAAAAACCAGACUUGCCAAAUUAAUUAACAAAAGCCCGGCUCAAAAGGCGCGAAUUCAAAUUUUUGGGGGAAAUCUAUUUUUUAUUUUUUUGCGGGGAUCAAAAUUUAAAAAAAAAUUAUUUGAGCAUUUUCGGGAGCUUCAUCGACGAAAAUUUCUCUCUGCAACUAGUCCCUCUUGGAUUCACUGCAGCAUUUGAUGGAAAAUCUAAUUCCGAGACAGUGACAUUUCUUUUUUAUGCUCGAUACUUGCAAAAUUCGUUAGUUCUACGAAAAACAAACAUUUUAUUUAAUCAAUAGUUCAAAAUUUGGAUUCCCGCUUUUUGAACCGGGCCGACCGGGCCGGGCCGGGCCGGAGUUUUGAAAAUUUUGGCCCGGCCCGUGGCAACUCUGCUAAAAACCAGCUCUUUUUCUGGAGAAUGUAGAGUAAGAACCAGAGUUGAGCGGAAGAGCUGAACGGAAGAGAACACGGAAUAAUUUUUAUCUUUUUUAGAAAAUUUUUUCAUGAAAUGUGAUCAACUGACGAAAUGUAUAGCAAAGUGAACUGUGCUCAUAAAAAAAUAAUUGUAAAUUUAGCUUUUCAUACAAAAAAGUUAUUCGAGUUGUUGCGUGAAAAAAGGGCCAACGCAACAACUCGAAUAACUUUUUUGUAUGAAAAGCAAAAUUAACAAUUAUUUUUCUAUGAGCACAGUUCACUUUGCUAUACAUUUCGUCAGUUGAUCAUAUUCCAUGAGAAAAUUUUCUAAAAAAGAUAAAAAUUAUUUCGUGUUCUCUUCCGUUGAGUUCUUCCGCUCAACUCUGGUAUGCAGACUUGCCAGAUUACGGGCCGGCCCGAGAAUUUGCUGGCCCGGCUAAAAAGGCGCGAAUUCAAAUUUUUGGGGGAAAUCUAUUUUUUCGUUUUUUUUGCGGGGAUCAAAAUUAAAACUUUUGCUUUGAUGCCAAUAAAAACUAUUUUUGAGAACUACAUUUCUUUUUUAUGCUCGAUACUUGCAAAAUUCGUUAGCUCUACGAAAAACAAACAUUUUAUUUAAUCAAUAGUUCAAAAUUUGGAUUCCCGCUUUUUGAACCGGGCCGGAAUUUUGAAAAUUUUGGCCCGGCCCGUGGCAACUCUGCUGGUAAGAACGAGAAAAUGACCGAAUUUUUGCAGCAACGCGCGAGAAAACCUGCAGCUCUACUUCGAGGGCGUCGUGCGACCGUGUCUCGAGUGGAAGUUCAGCCCGAUCGAGAUCUCGUUCGCCAUCAGUCAGAUCGUGUGGAGCUACGCGGGUCGCAAGCUGCUCGGACAGACUCUGGCGGCCGGCGAACUGUUUUUGGAGCGGAUAUCCAACGAUCUACACGAAUACUAUCGACGACGACACAUUCACAACUACGCGGCACGCCUGUCGGUCAUCAUGGACAUGGUCAACUUUGUACUGGUAUGCUGCUGCAUUUGCAUGUAGAAAACCAGGAAAAAUGUAUUUUUUUUCAGAAAAUUCAAGCGGAACACGAGAAACGGAUGGAGAUGGUGAUGUUGUUCGAUAUGAUGUCGGUUCAAUUAUCGGAUCCUCAAUUCUUUUGUGUCUAG